AUGGAGGUGGGCGACGAGGCGAGUGGGGGCGGGCAGAGGGACAUGCAGGAGGGUGGGUUUGUGUCGGCGCUAUUGACGCGACACGCGAAUGCACUACUGCAUGCGUUUCGGAAUGGCACUGAGUCAGCUUGCGCUUCUCGUCUCGCGGACUUUAGCCCUAUGGUCGUGGCUGCGUCAUUCGCUUCACCGAUUGCGUCAUGCAUCACACUUUGUUUCAGUAAGGCAAAUUUCGCCACCACAGUGGGUUUGGCCUGUGUAGCGGAGUUGGUGGUGGUGGUGAUGGUGGUGGUUGUGGCAUUGAAUUGA